AUGCAGUUCAAACAAUUGGUGUAUGACAAUGUGGUUCUUGGAGGACACAAAGGAUGCUUCGUGCUGAAGGCCAGGGGCUUCAGAUUCAACCCUCAAGGCAUUGAUACUGACGUCCUUCGGUUCAGGUGGACAGAGGUGAAACAGGUCAUGUCCAAGAGAAGUGAAAAAAGUGGCAAGUGUCUGCUUCGAAUUCAGCUCGAGAAAGAUGAGGAUAAGCUGACAUUCACCGUGGCAGACCGGACAGUAUUGCUACAAAUGAAGAGACAAGUGCAGGACAUGAUAGCACUCCAUUCUCAGACCAAGCAUGACGAUGACAUCGCUCAAGACCAAAAUGGGUUGGAAAGAUCAAAAUUUGACUCCGAUUUGUCAGUAACAAGUGAUACCAGCUGCAGCGACAGUGGCAGAGCCGACGAACAGCCAACUUUGAGCAAAAUCGAGGACUGUGGCAAUAUGAAUGCCAAUUCUCGGCAUCGCAAUUUGGCUAAACACAAACAAGGUCAAAGCAAUCCAGAGAUUCCCACUUCAGUGGUAUUGGAAGAGGACAAGAGAACCAAUGCUUCUCCCCCCAAGAGACAGUUCUUUUCGAACACCCAGAGGUCAAAUCGAGAUUCUUUUCGACCAAAAGGAACGCGGAAGUUCGUUUUUACCGCCGAAUGA